AUGAAAAAUAUCAUUAAAAAGCUUGGUUUGGAUUAUAAAAAAAUCGAUGUAUGCCCAAAUGAUUGUGUGCUUUUCUGGAAAGAUAAAAUUGGAUCAGAUAAAUGCCCAACUUGUGAUGCAUUGCGGUGGAAAACAUCAGAUGAUGGAACAAUCAUAGAAUUGGCUAAUGGUAAAAAGGUUCCAGUAAAGGUAUUGCGUCACUUUCCCUUGAUCCCUAGGCUGAAAAGGCUCUUUAUGUCAUCCAAAACAUCUCAUCUCAUGCGUUGGCAUGCUGAGCGGGAAAAGGAUGGCAAGAUGAGGCAUCCUGCUGAUUCAUGUGCUUGGAAAGAAUUUGAUGAGAGGUAUUAUGAUUUUUCUAAGGAUCCUCGAAAUGUAAGGCUUGGCUUAAGUAGUGAUGGUUUUAAUCCUUUUGGUAUGAUGAGUACCCAAUAUAGUAUAUUGCCGGUCGGUGUAGAAACUUAUGAUGCCUCAAGAUGUGAAACAUUCACAUUACAUGCAGCUUUAAUUUAUACCAUUAACGACUUCCCUGCCUAUGGUAACCUCUCUGGUUGGCCAAUAAAAGGUAAACGUGCAUGUCCUUAUUGCAAUGUUGAUACAUGCUCCAUGUAUCUUAAAGGAAGCAAGAAACUAUGCUACCCAAGGUUUCGGCGCUUCUUAGAAGAAACUGAUGCUUUGCGCUACAAUGGAAAAGCAUAUGAUGGGAGAGUAGAGUUAGCACCUCCUCCUAGAUCCUGGACAGGAUCAAAACUAUUAGAGCAAAUGAAAGAUGUCAAUGUGGUAUUUGGAAAACACCCUGAUACCAAAAAAUUGAAUAAAAAAAACAAGCGAAAAAAGGGGGUAGAAAAUGUCCCAUGGAAGAAGAAAAACUCUUUUUUCAGAUUAGAAUACUGGGAACAUCUACCUAUCCGUCAUAAUCUAGAUGUCAUGCAUGUGGAGAAGAAUGUUUCAGAGAGCAUCAUUGGUACACUUUUUGGCAUUGAAGGAAAAUCAAAAGAUACUACCCUCUCACGUCUUGAUUUAGUACAUUUGAACAUAAGAAAGAAUCUCCACCCAAAAGAAGUUAGUGGGAAGACAUAUCUACCUCCUACGAGUUUUACACUAAGUAAGAAAGAAAAGGAAGAGAUGUUAGCUGUAUUAGCUUCUGUUAGAGUUCCAGAUGGUUAUGCAGCAAAUAUUAAAAGGAGAUUUGUUGAUGGUAAACUUUCUGGUUUGAAAAGCCAUGAUCAUCAUAUACUUAUGCAACAAUUGUUACCAUUGGCUCUAAGGAAAUGCAAAAUAAAGAAGUAUCUACAAACGUUACAAUCAUAUGUGAGAAAUAAAAGUUGUCCAGAAGCAUCUAUUGCAAAUGGAGCCCUUGCUGUAGAAUGUCUUGGUUUUUGUGCUCGAUAUAUGCAAGAUGUGGAAACAAAAGAGAAUAGACCAUCAAGGAACGAUGAAGGGAAUGGCAAUGACGUACAUAAAGGAUUGUCAAUUUUUUCCUUAAAAUGUCGUGCAAUGUCAAAAAAGAGAAACUACAAGCCUGAUUAUUAUGUAAUUGAACAAGCCCAUAACUACGUUUUAGCUAACUGUGAGGAGGUUCAGGUUUAUGCAAGGGAGUAUUAUAAUGCUCUCUGUGAGCAAUACAACAAUAACUAUGAGAUUAUUGAUGACAUGUAUAAAAGAAAUUUUUCAAAGUGGUUUGCUGACAAUGUUUCAAUGCAUGUGUCUAGCGACACUUGUGUAGCUGAUGAUCUGAAAUAUCUUAGUUGUUUUCCUAGCAUGUGGGUGAAUACAAUGACAAAAGUCACUUACAAUGGUUAUCGAUGGCGUGUGAAGAAAAUUGAUAAAGGAUGCGUAACUCAAAAUUUUGGGGUGGUUGUUAAUGCAGACACAAAUGCUGGAAAUGUAGCAUACUUUGGAGUCUUGACUGAGAUUUUGGAAUUGACUUAUCCUCAUGGAAGGAGUGUGUUGUUGUUUCGUUGUGAUUGGGUAGAUCCAAUUAGUGGGGUUAAAAAAGACGAUGAAUUUACUUAA